UUGUAUUAAUGUGCCUUUAGGCCGGACUAUAUACAGUCCUGUUCCACUGAAGCGGUAGCCGCGCGUAAAACGCUUGAGUUCGCGGUCGAGUUUGCUCGAUUUAUCGUCCAGAUAAAGACGAUAAUCGUUAACGUUCGAGGAAGCUAAAUGAAAAAGAAAUAACAUUAAAGAAAUUUUACUUUCAUGCGAGCGGUGCAACGUUUACCAAAGAAAUUAUCGUAUUCGGUGGUGUCAUUUAUAUUUUCACGAUUAUCAGUGACAUUAACUUCCGGUUGUCGGUAAGAAAAAAAAUGAUCGUAGAGGCGCGAAAAUCGAAGAUCUCGAUACACGUUGUCAUCUGAUUCUUAAAAUUCCAUCUAUAUGUGAUGAUAAGUUUAUCGAGAAAGAAAUCAUGUUCGAUCCAGUUUCCGAUGAAGAGAAAAAACGAUUCUUUAGACAAAGCUACGGUGCCCAUUUACCAGGAUACACAGGUCACUGUCCAACUCUUAAGUUUCGAGUUGGAAAAAGAUUUGGAGCGAACACGGAAGAAAUAAUGAGGGAGUUGCUAGAAAAGAAGAUCUUGAAAUCAGGGCCUUAUAGGCCGAAUUCCGGUAAGGACGUUGCGCUCGUUACGAUAUCUAAGGAGAAGGACAUUAGAAGAGAUUGGAAAAACGACGCACACUUGUAUAAACCGCCACCAUAUAUUUUAGGAUACACAGGAUACAUACCUGGCUUUAACAACAGGUACGGUCUUCCCUUUAUGAGGGCGGUCGAGGAGGGUGCAAAAGAAUGGCACGAAGUUCAAAGUAAACUAAGGGCACGUAGGGACGUGAUGAAAGCUCAGGCUGAAAGAACAGACUCGAGAAAUCUUUUAUCACGUGUUAGAGCUGAUAAUGUUGCCGUUGAGAUUGACCAUGGUCAAGAAAGAGAACGAGUUAUUUUUGAUUGUACUCUCUCCCCGGAAAAACCACCAAUCGUUGGCUACACAGGACACAUUCCUGGAGCAAAAGGUGAAGUUGCACUUUCCAAAGGAUACACUCAAGCUGCUAAAAAAGGCUUAGAAUUAGUAAGAAAGGAGCGUGAACAAAGACUGAAUAAAACGAAGAAUGUUCAUCCUGUUCAGAGGGUACUCGAUGUUGCUUGUGUCGAUGAGACUGGUCAUACGAGAGCAUAAAAGAAAAAAGAAAAAAGAAAAAAGAAAAAAGAAAAAAGAAAAAAGAAAAAAGAAUUCUAUAUUUUAGGAAAUAUAUGUGUAUGUAUUAUAAUCUUUAUCUUUGAUACAAGAAAUAGGAUUUUGUGAGAAAAACAAAAUAGAAGAAGAAGAAAAAAAAAAGAAACAAUACAAAAGUUCAUAAAUUUUGACAUACAAA